GUUCGUUGAUGAUGAAGGGGACUCGGUGGGAGAUGUACUUGUAGAUGUGGUCAACGAGGUUGCUGCGCCAAAAACUAGCAAGAAAGGUGGACAUUCAAUUUCGACUACAAGCAAUAUUAUGGACGAAGCCACUGCCAGUCCCAGGCGCAGUCCAUCGUCCUGUGACGCCAAGAAAAAGGAGGUUUUGGAAGAUAAAGCAGCUAGAUUAAGCAAAGCACUUCUGCGAUUGAAAACCCAGACUGACACGACGUUGUUUCGAGAGGGUUCGCAUAUGAUGGAAGAGGUUGGAAGUUCACCAUCAGAGAGGACCGUAACGCCUCGUCGUCCACGUGCGGAAUCAGGUCCUUUCACACCAGCGAGUACAGCAUCUGAUGCGACGACGUUGCCACCUCCACUUCCUGGAGGAGACGACCCACAUCCUGGGGCAGCAAAAGUGCAGUUGGUGCAGAGUCUUGGCGGGGACGAGCAACAGGACCUCGGAUCCCUGUCUCUGCUGCAAGAAAAUGAACAACAGACGAGAAGACAAGUUGGUGAACAAGAUCAAGUACAUGCAAGUCCUCCUGGGCAAGACGCUCGGCAUGAAACUCCGCCAGUAGUUGCGUCGUCAGGAGCCACCGCAGCUGGGGGUUCGUCGUCGGUUGUAUAUCCCUAUCCUUUCUUCGAGCAAAAAAUACCGCAGGCACCCGCUGCUGGAGAUGAAGGGGAACACCAUUCUGCAGACUCGGAUUCUGCAGCACUUGCGGGCACAAUGUCUGGUAUAGCUACUAUCAGCUCCAAGGGUUCUGUACAUGAAAAAAUCGCACGACGCAAAGAGCAUAGGAGACUCUCAGCCCUACGACUUUCGCAAAUCGACAACUAUCUAGAGACAGAUGACGGCGGAACGGAUACAAAUGUAUUGAUGAUGUUUAGCGUGAUGAUGUUUGUCAUAAUUUAUCUCCAUGUGAAAUUUAUCAUGAUGAAAUUUUUAGGUUACAAAUGUAAAUUAUGUUGAUCGUGAUUGGAAUGAAUAUUACUUUUUAUGGGAGAAACGAGUCCAUUCCAUCGGUGGUCAGAUUAACGGUAACAAUUUAGUAGCUGCUUAUUUCGUCGUUUCUGAUCCUUUCUCCAGGACGAAGCAGCCAUAAUUCGGGAUCAAGAGGAAAGCAACCACUUGCGUGGCGAGGGCUCCGUUGUGUUGCCGCAUUUGCAGACAGGCAAUGACGAGUACACCUACACUACACACAUGAUGAACACUUCUGUGCUGAGCAGUAAGACACCGACAUCGUCACAAAGUAAAACACCGACCUCGUCCCAGGGCAGGACGCCGACAUCUUCCAGGACUUUAUUUUUUGAUUCCGAGCAGAACGUCAUCUAUGAGAGUAAGAGUCGCAAAACCUUGCUGCAUUUCGCCUGCAUGAAUAGCCAAGAGCGGACCGCUCGCUACUUGGUGCAAUGCCAUCAAAUGGGUUUGAGCACGCAGGACGUAAAUGGCUUGACCCCACUGCAUAUCGCUGUACGGAAUGGGGCACAGGGUGUUUGUCGGCUCUUGCUUUCCGCCUUUGCUGAUCCGAACGUUUGCACUGGCCGUAAAACGGGUGGGGACACGCCUUUGCACCUACUGAGCGGCGGCGUUGUCGAACGGCCGCUCGGCAUUGCAAGGCUUCUCUUGCACUACGGUGCUAACGUGAAUGGAAAAAACGCGGAAAAUCUUGCACCACUCGAAUGCUUGAUGCGUGUGAAAAAUUACCCAGCAGUAGACGAGCUCGCUUUGUUGUUAACUUCAGAGCUUCGACGACAAGCGGAAGCGAACAAACAACAGAGUCGAGCGGGAUCGGAGGAGCAGGCAGGCAGGGAAGGAAACAUAACCCCUGUGGCGUCGUCUAGGUUCGAUUUUUUUCCUGCGAAUGGCUUUGAUGGUGGAGCACCAGAGCAAACUGAUGGAAACACAGCAUCGAACUCAAUCUCCUCUCGCAUUUGGGCAAAGCUAACAACUUUUCUGGCAGGAUAGACGCCUCGAAAUUGUAGAUCAUGUCGUAAAGUAGAAUACCCUAAUGAUAAUGAGCUUGUAGCACGAUUCGAUCAUCAUGUCUUCUUUCAGCAUGGUGAUCGCGUUAUAGGGUCCAACCCUCACAGUCAACUUUUCACGACAGGGACACUUCUCAGAGGUGUAGCUUUUAUAUCGGAGUACACCGACCUUGUUGUGAUACAAAGCGAACAGCGAAAAAGGGACGGAGGCUGUACAUGGUGGAACUAGUGCCUUGAUGUCUCAACCAGAAGAUGAUGUCAUCUUCCGUCUGAAUGAUUGCAACUCCUGCCA